CGCUCCAAAAGCAAAGUCAUUGAAAAUUUGAUUCGCUUAUUUUGUGGAAAUGUUGAUUUUAUUUCACCAAAAAUGAAAAAAUGUCAUUAUAAAAUUAUUGGGACUGUGUGCGAACUUCGUUAAAAACUUAUAACAAUGAUUAUUUUUUAAAUCGUAGGCAUUUUGGCUAAGAAAAGUGAUUUCAGUGUUAAAAAGUCAUAAGACUUGUGUCAUCUGUCUCCUCUUCCUUCAAGAUGGCUCCUUCACCGGAGUAUGAUAAGGAACCGAAAGCCCCUGAUAAAGCUGUCGUUAACAUUUCCAGUGAUGAUUCAAAAAUUCUGUACAACCACACUAAAGAACAUUCAAGUGCUUCUGAACUUCGGUCUUCUACAGCGCCUUCUAAUACUGAUGUAGAGAAUAAACUCGUGGAGAGCCUAGACGACGGACAGUUGCGAGCACUUCUGGAUGAAGCGAUCACCUACAAGUGUCCCAAAGACCGAGAAGGAAAGAGCAGUCUCUUUAAGGAGUUGCUGGAGGAAGUGGAACAAGACGAGGAAGCGUGUGAGGCGGCGGCUCGAGCGGGGCGUGCGGGGAGGCGCGACCAUCACUCGAGUCUGCAAGACCUGGUGGCUGCCAUGGCAGCGGAACCCGCGCCUAGGCGCAGACAUCAUCACUCUCACAACGUGUCGGCUAGGACCCACCACGGAGGGAGUUUGCCCUCCGGUGUUGAUAGAUCCUUCCUCUUUAGCGAGGAGCCCACCCGUGGUGCGUACGUGGCCACAGUGCGAUGUGUCAACCCUCCACCUCUCGCCGAACGCCGCGUGUCCGCCAGUGAUGCCAACGCACCCGGUGAUAUCGAACUCGUUACCAGGCGGAGUAAGCCAACGUUCCCGAUGACGUACACGGCGCGCGCUACCUUGGAGAUCGGCAGUGGCAGCGUGGGUACGGGCCGCGCGGUCACCACCACCACUGCCUCCAACCAGGUGCGUACCACCACUCCCCGCAGUAACCGCGGACUUCCUACAGCUGGCCCGCCGCGAAGGCUUCUCGACACUCCGGCCCUCUACGACCCCUAUGCAGGCCAAAAUAAACUCAUGAAGGCUCUCUGCGUCCGCGAGGAAUCCGCCUGCGACAGUGGUGGUAACGUACGGAAAGAGGCACCCGGUGGAAAGGAACCGCGCGGCUCCAACGCUAAAGAGACGGAUGCCGUCGACGUGGAGUGGAAUCGCAGAGUGGAUAUGUGGUACGAGAGCUUGAAUCGCUACACUAGAACUCCAACACUCGAUUACCUCGGCGUUCAGCUGGAUGAAAAUUUGUCAAAGGAUUGGAGCGCUAAAUUAAAGGCUGUUGAUAGUGAUAACAAAAAUAUAAUUAACGUUAACGAAAAUAAUACUUGUAAUGUUGAUAAAAGUAAGGACACACCAAGGAACAAGCUUGAUAGUAAAGACAGGGUUUUACAUUUAAGUGAUUGCGAAGAAUGUGAUAUUAGCCUAAGAAGACUUCAAAAGGUGGGUAGUGGUUUAGUUACACCAAAUUUAGCAAAGUUAAUAAAUCCAAGAAAUAUUAGAAAUAUGACAAUCCAGAAAGCCGAUUCUUCUGAAGAUCUGAAUGAAGAUAAUAUAGUUUUAAAAAGUUCUUCUACAAAAAAAUCGAAAAGGAGAUCUAAAGUUAAAGAUAAAAAAAAUAAAAGUAAUGAAUUACCAAUUUUUCAAAGCACAAAAGAUUGUUUAGAGCCAAUCAAAAAAACCAAUCAUACUAUAACAAGCAACAUUUCUCCAUGUAUACCUUCACAAAAGAAAAAAGGUAACUCAGAAAAGGGAAAAGAUCAAGAGAAAGAAAUAGAAAAUAAAGUAUUAGACGAAAGUAGUUCCUGUACUUUGAAUUAUAAUGAUUUAAAAGAAUUAGAAUUUGUGAAGAUAAAUGAUACAGAAACAAAUUUGGAGAGUGGCAAAAUUAAACGUAUUGCCUGCGAAAGGUCUUUCCGAAAAGAGUGUUCGGAAAAAGUGCAUCAAUUGGUGGCAAAUAAAUAUGAAAAAGAAAGUAACAACAAUCUGGCGUCUUACGAAAAUAAUUUUAAGCCAAUUCCCAAAGAAAAUACACAUAGUGCAUCUCAGGAACACCAGGAUUUCGAAAACAAAUUCAUUGAUUCUAAAAUAUCAUGCAACAGUCGUAGUAAAUCGAAUUCUGAUGAAGUUAUAACUUCCAUAAGCGAAGAAAAAUUGGUUGACAGCACAGAAAACAUAUUAGGACACGAUAUAAUAAAUCAAUUAAGGAAAAAAUAUGGAAUAUCAGAAACAAAAACUGUGCCCGACGCAGCAAAUAAACAUGACAAAAUAAACUCGAAAAAUGAUGACAACAAACCGUUUGAUUUCGCUGAUUCCUGUAUCUUUCUAAGCAUCCGUGAGAGCCUACUGAAAUCGAGAUACUUUAUAAAUCAUCCAGCUAAUAAAAUAAAUGAAGCCGACAAUAAUGCCAAAGAAACCUCUGCCGAAAAAAAAUCUAAAAAGAAAAGUAAACAGAAGGAAAAAGUAAACCCGGGGCUCGAUAAGAGCAAUGCCUCUAAAAAGAAUGCUUUAAAAUAUCUUCUUUAUAGCGAUUGCACAGCUAAUAAGGCCAAAGAAAAAUCUGCAAUCGCUAAUAAGAUCGAUUCCGCUAUCCCGUUCAGUUGCAUCACAACACCAGAGGUUGUGGCAAGUUGCAACACGACAUCAACUACGCAGUCGACGGUCGCCGUCGAUCCAAAGCCGCUGCAGUUGGAGUCGUGCUACAACGCCGUGGCCAGCCUCACGGGCGCCCCGGCCCCCGCCGCCGCCGCGCCCCCCGCCUCCGCGCCCCAAGCCCUGCAGUUGUCUCGCAACGUGCUUCCGACGAGCUCCCUCGGCGGCCUGCUCCUCGCCUCCGAAUCCUGCCCCUCCGUCGACGAGAAUAAGAAGUCUCUAGACGAAAACGGCAACGCGGUCCACGGAUUCAGUUCGCCCGCCUCGGGAUCCAGUCAACAGAAGAAGCCGAGGCGGAAAAAGUCAUCUAAAAACGAGACCGUGAUCAAGUCGCACCAGAUAGACGGCUACCAGGGCAACAAAGACCUCAACGAGGUGUUGAGAUUCAUCGAGUCGAACGCGGACGGCGCGCGCGGCUCCAAAGCGCGCGCCAAGCACAAGGACGACUCCGACGACAAAGGCAAGAAAAGGUGCGCCGACCGUCGCAAGGACAAGGAGAGCAAGGUGAAGCGUGCCUCCUCGCUCGAGGAGCGCUCGCGCACCAAGCUCGAGGACCUCACCGACAAGCCCUCCGCGCACCGCCGGCCCGCGGCGCCCCCCGCCAAGCCCGAGCGCCGCUCGUGGGGCGACGACGCUCGGGCCGCUCUGCUGCUGCCCGACGACGCCGAGCUAACCGACUUCCAGACGGUCACCAAGCGCCGCAAGCCGCGACGCCGGCCGGACGAAGCCGAGCCGGCCCGGCCUCCGCCCUCGCCGGAGCCCCGCGCCUCGCCGUCCGAGCGCAGCAACGACUCCAACGACGAUUUCGACUCGGCGCACUCGCCGCCGCCCGCCCCCGUACCAGCGCCACCUCCGCCGCCGCCGCCGCCCGCCCUGCCGCCGCCACACCCGCCCGCCUCGUACGCGGACAUUGCGCGCACCCGCAACAACAUUCCCGAUCUCAUUGAGUCGUGCAACUUCUACGCCGAGGGCGACGAGCCGAAGGAGCGGCCGCCGUCCGACCGGAAGGCCGCCGCCCCCGCGGGCGAGCCCAUGGAGGGCUACCCGGCGCUGGCGGCGCGGCGGCCCCGAGACAAGGCCGGCGGGGGCGCGACGAGGCCCCAGCGCAAGGAGCGGGGCGAAGCGCGAGUGGCGGAGCCGGCGCCGGACGUGGUGGCGGAUCGCCGGCCGCCCGUCAUCUUGUUGGCGGCGGCGGCCACGGGCCGCGAUAUGGACGGCAUCACGUUCGGCUUUGAUGUCAACGAGCAGCUGCUGAGCGGCGGAAGGCGCGCACGUUGCGACCUGCUGGAGGGAGUGCCGGUGCGGGCAGGCUGCGCGGCUUUGCGCUACGUGCCGCCCGCGCUGCUGCCGCACGCCACGCACACGCACCAGAUCAUCGACUACGUCGGCACGGCUUGGGAGGACAUAAUCCGUUGCAGUAACGGCAAAGUGCGGUAUUUCAGCGAUUAAAGCUCCCCGUACAGACGGUGCGUUAGCCCUCGAAUAUCGCGUGUGAGUGGUCCAUAUACGUGACUUGCGUCGCUCUGCGUACAUUUGCUUGUAAAUAUGUGCAUAAGUGAGCUAUUUUAUGUCAUGAACCGCAUUUGGUGUCAUUUCUUGGUGUAGUGUUGUCGAGGUGUAUUUUCGUGUUAUACUGUUGUGUCACGACUUUCAGUGCUGUCCAGUUUCGUACCGGUGUGACGACUCACUUCAAAAGAUCCGACUCUAUACUUUAUAUGCGAUAUGGUUUCUUCAAUUCAUCACUGAAGGCUGAAUGACGUCACUAGUUAACCUAGUCAUUCUUGUUAACGUAUGAACUCCGGCGUGUCGUGAUGCAACAAGUUAGCUUAAGAUGUGAUUAAAUUUCGUUUUACUGAAUAGCGUCGAUUCGUUCUUCGUUUUUGUUAUAUAAUCACAAUUAUGCGAUUAAUUCUCUCUAUUAUAACUAGAUACUGAUAUCCUAAUUUGUUAUGUAUUUUUUAAGUUAUACUUUUACAAAGAAUUUGGUUUAUUGUUUGAGCUUGAAUGUACUGAAUGGUGCCAGUACGAUUCAGCUGUCGGUUAUAAAUGUGGUUAUUGAUAUUAUUAUCAUCGUAAGAAAUUCACAAUUAACAGGAUUUAUUUUGUCUUCAACUUUGUGAGCUCAUUGUCGUACAGGCACCGUAUGUAUAUUUAAAAUUUUAAAAAUACAUCAAUUUUUAAUAGAGAAAUAUAGUCUAUACUUCGUUGAUAUAAAUUAUACUGAUAACAGAAUAAUUAUAUUGUAAAGAAUGGGGGAUAUGGCAACUUACAACUGUAUCCUAAUAUUCUUAGUUUUUCCGCUUAACAUUUUUAGGUAUUUAAAAUGGCCACAACGUCGAUACGUGUACGUCCGAAGUGCGUACACGUACGUACGUUUAUCGUAUACUUACAAACUUUGGUUAAUGUUUCUACUUUAUUUUUACCUCCUUAUUUAUAAAAACUAAAAUGUCUAAUUGCAAUCUUUUCACUAAAGUAUUCUUGCGUCUCCUUACAUCGCAGUGUAAACACAAUUAGUGUAAGUGCGUGUUCUAACUUCGGACGCACACCUAAUGAUACCUUGGGCCGUUUUAAAUUCUCUGAAAAGAAAGCAGAUCUUAUAUUUUACCAGCAAUUGUUUGAACAUUGCUAAGUUGAAGCCUUACAAAGCUUAAUACUGCGAAUAUCCUCCAUUUUUUUAAGAAUGGAUAGUAGGAUUCACGAUUUUUGUUAUCCUACAAGUCUAUUAACCUCCUGGAGCUUUUAAUCGUUCCCAUAACAUACAUAAAAUCGUGUCGAUUCCUAUACCUCAUAUAUAAUAUCUAUAUCAUUUAAAUUUUCCCCUCAGUUUUAAAACUAAAUAUAAACAAAGAUAAUAAAAAAAAAUUCGUUAUCAAAGCUAGUCGAAUAUUCUCCUUAAUUCGAAAUCCUUUUCAAUAUCGCUAUAGUCUUAGUGUAUGUUAGUAUAAAUCGUGUUAAUAUGUCAUAACAUAAAUUAUUAAAAUAAGUAUAUAAAUGUGAAAUUAUGUAAAUAAAGGUCAGUCAUUAUGAAAACAUUACUCAAUUGGUGUGUUUCGUGUGUAUCUAAAGUAUUCGCUUUUCUACAAGACCUUUUCUUGUCGCCAAAACUUUGCUUUUCGAAACUGCAUUUAUAACAUGUAGGUAAUCUGGUUGCUCUAUUUUUAAUCUAGGUGUAUCGUAGCCCGAUUCAUAUGUAAUCAGAAAAUAGUUACCAGAUAAGCGGCACAUUUAGCUAAUGAAACAUACACCGCUGACAUGGACAUGGACAUUGGACAAAUUCGGAGACAAGCGCGAACUAUGACUCCCGUAUGUCAAAAUCGAAAAUAUUUUUGACGUAUAGUAGUCAGACCAAGCGCUACUACUAGUUUUCAGUUAUUUUAAUAAUUAAAUUAGCUUAAUCUUUUAAGACUUGGAAACCUGACUGAAAUCCUAUUUAUUUGAGAGACAAAAUUAACCUAAACAGGCUUAACCGACCGACUUCGAGUCAACGAUUGAAGCUCUUGUGUUCUAUUUCUAUUAAACAAUUUAAUUAGAAAUGAGCUUCUAAAGUCGGUAAUUCACACUGCUGGCAGUUGUGGCAAUUAAAAUCAGAAAAUAUUACGAAUUAUUACCUAUGCACUGAUGUAAUAAGAAGUAAAAACACUUGUAUCGUACUUUGAUAGUAGAAUAAAAUUAAGUAAGAUAUACAGUCGAGGCUUAGAGCUAAGUAUUACUUCCGUGUGUCAGAAACGUAUUUGACAUACGAGACUCGUACUUAACUGUCAGCCUCGACUCUAAAUCUUCCCCCUUAAAAUUACGUUUUUUAUAAACCGUUCUCGGUUACUUUAAAACGUAUUUUACUGCCCGGAAUGUCUGAGAUUUUAAUUCAAUAUAAGAUUUUUGAUGCGUCGGGGUAACUUGUGUUAUUGCCUCCUGUACUGUGUGAAAAUGUAAAAUAAGUUACCGAUAUUAUUGAUGUACUUUUAAUGGUUGGAUUCGUGAUCUUGCUGUAUAACAUUGUGUACAUAUUUCCAUCGUUAAAUUAUUAAAGCACUUAUUUAAAAAUGCUGAUGACAAUGUCUAAUAAUUGUACGACUCGUUUACUCCAAGGGUAAAAUGCAGAGUCAAAACUUACGAACUGUGACUUCCGUAUCUUAAAAUAUAAUAGGUUUUUGAGGUACGGCAGUCAUACUUAGCGCUUAGUAUCGACUUUGAAUCUUACCUUUUAUCGAUUAUUUUAGGCUUUGUAGCCGAGUAAAAGAAAACCGGUCAUUUAGUCGGUCAACUUACGACAACUACAAUGCUUCUUCAUGUAGCUGUCGCUUCGUAAAGUGUAGUUUCAUUUCAUACUUUGCUGUAUUUCGUGUUGAGGUUUUUAUCAAUUACCUUGACAAAUGCUCAUAUCAAAGGUGUAGAAAUAUUAUUUAUUAUUUCUUUCCCUUGUAAAAUAUGUAAAUAGAUUUGCAAAGCUAAUUUUUAUCAACAUUAUUAUUUACUUUAGAAAUCUGGGCGAAUUUAGUGAGAGCUAUAUUUUUAACGUUUGGCCAUACUAAUUUCAUUUGGCGUUUAUUAUAAAAAUCAUAAAAUCUGGUGUUACAAUAUGUACUUAAAAUUAAAAACAGUGCUUUAUAAUUUAGAACAAAUUUCCAGCUAGCUCUUCGCUACUUUACGUCUUUACAAAAAGCCUUAAUUACAUACUUUUCGAAAGGUCUUCGAUAGGUUAAAUUAUUUAACAAUAAAUCGCGCUCAGAUAUUUUAAUUCGGUUUGUAUAAAAGAUGUCGCUUUUUCAAAUAUUGGCGCUAUCGGCGAAGUGUAUAUUACGAGAUAUUAACUAUUUCUAUUAUCUAAAUGUCUGUAGCCUUAACCGGCCAGUUAUGUCGAUAUGGAUGUAGACAAAUAAGUGGAAAUCUAUAUUUCUUCUAGCUAGAUGGCCGAAUAGUUUAUAUAUUCAAAUCGACAUUAUUGAAUGAGGCAACAGAUGCUAUUUUAUAUUUUAAUUGUAGAAAAAAGUAAAACCGCUUUAUGUAUCGAACUUGCGAUCCUAUAUUUUUACUCUGUUACAUAGUUAAAUAAAAUACCGCCAAUGAUUGUCGUAGUUAAUUACCAUAGUUAUAAUACUAUCCUCUAGAUUUGUUUUUCGGACAGAGUAAAAGUGUAGACGUUUUAAACUGUAAAUUAUUUGUUUAUAAGCAACACUGUAACCAACUACAAUUUACAGUUAUGUACUUUUUCACUGUUUCCGUUUUCUUAAUAAAAAUGUUGAAAU